GAAGGACAAUGCAAUUCACUGCUGUCACAGUGGAGAGACCAAGCAUUUACUACCUAAUGUAUGACAAAUUGUACAUGUACCUCUAACCUUAGGUAGGAGGUACCUCCCAGCAACUUGAUUUGGAAUAAGGUACCUAUAGAUCCCCACUAGUUAUCUCAAUAACCAGCCAGUUAGCCAACCAGGAGUGGCAUCACCUUUCCUAAUAUGCUGCAAGGCGAAUCUGAUAAUUACACAAUAAAUCCCCGGACCAACAGCUCAGCCUUACUAUAUACAAUACAUACAAAUUGAUGUCAGCAUGAACCCUACCAACCUCAAGAAACCAAUAAGGAACUAAAGUUGACGCCUUGUAUCGCCACUUUUUACCACCUGGGCAGGUAAACAGAGACAGACAGAGCAACGUCAAUACUUCCGUCAACCUAUCUCACAUCCCCGUUCUCGCCAUGACGGAUCUCCCGGGAUCUGAUCGAACUCUUCUUGAGAGGCUAAAUGCGCUUAAGCCUAGUACUGUCAAUCUAAGCCCCCCCUCAAAGUCAGUUGCAGCAUCUACUAGAGAACAAGCCAAACCUUUAUCUAAAGAAGAUGCUCUUUCAGAAAGAUUAAAGAGCCUUCGAAACCAAACUGAUAAUAAAGCCAAAACUACUUCCCCUGGCUCGGAGAUAAAUCGUAGAGAAAAAGAAGAAAAAGAAAACACCACCUCCUCGCCAUCUCCUAAGCCGCCAUCACAGCCACUUCCAUAUUCCCAAGGUUCGGGAAUAGGCGUAGAUGUGCCGCAAAGUUCAUGUACAGAAAAUGUAGACGGCGACGAAGAUCCCCUUCUCUACACUGAUGACCAGACGCUCGAGGAGCUUCUUGCCGACCUCGAAUCCGACCAGCAACGGGUCAAAGAGAUGUUGGCCGAAGAUGAGCAUCGCCGAGUAACCGCACUUCUCCAAGAACUCUGGGGUACUGCCAGGAUUACCGACGAUCUGGAAAAAUAUCCAAAGCCUAGGAAGUCUCACGACGAGAAUGAGAGUGAAAGCAGCAGCGACGAUGACUCCGACGGUGAACGCAUGACCCGUGAAACCGACGAAAUUCUUGCCCAGGCUGUUGAUGAGGUAGAGCACGAUAACGCUACUAAGGUUCCCUCUCAGCCUGGGUCUCCGGCUGCUGCACCAAGUCACACCGUGAAACCUAAUACUACAGCCGACGCAACAGAAAAUGGAGGAGGGACAGCCAAAUUGGGAUCUAAUGAAGGUGAAGGUGACCCCUUCAGUUUACCUGCAGUUCCGACAGAUUUCCAGGACCAAUAUCUACCAGCUCAUCCUGAAGCACCACGGGAUGACGCCGACUUCGCGGCAUCUAUCUCUUCCCGCAUGGCCGCGCUCAAAGUCGAUACAUCCGAUGGCCCGGAUCUGCCUUCGGUGCCCGCAGACAUCGAUCCUCUAGGCCUCCCUUCGGCGCCCACAUUUGCGCCCGCAGACCGGCCCGCGCCAGGACUUAUCAGGCGAUUCGGUUUCACGGACGAGGACCAGAAGACGUGGUGCGUCGUGUGCUUGGAAGACGGCGCGAUCCGCUGCCUGGGCUGUGACGACGAGAUCUACUGCGCCAGGUGUUGGAAGGAGAUGCACGUGGGUCCUAGCGCCGGGUACGACGAACGUGGCCAUCGUUGGGAGAAAUUUGUCAGACGCCGACGCUGACGUGCUUGGUUCUUUUUACGGUUUCUGUUGGGGUCCCUUCUUGUGUUUGUUUAUCACCUGGGUUGAAACUAUAUGCUAGGUUUACGUAGAUACCCCCCAUGCUAUUACCUAUAUGGUGCAAUACCUUAGGUUAGGUUAGGUACUCUUGUUGAUACCAUCCCGAAAAUGAGAUACCGCCUAAGAGUUCUUCUCGUUGAGUGCUUCGCCAUUGAGGCCUUGAUGGAGUCGGGUCAAUUAUUUUAAGCUAGGAUCAUACGUCGAAUUCCCAUUCCUAAUCUUAAUGUGAUUACCUCGCA